CACUCGGCGCGCUCUUGUACACCAAUUCACACACACAUUUUGGAUCUCGACACAUCUCUGUGCCCCUUGCCACUCCGAUCGAUCGAACCGGUCGCCAUGCCACAGGAGAGCCGCGGCAGCUCCGGCAAGGCGCCGGUGACGGUGACGGUGACGGCUGCGGGGGCGAGCAGCAGCGGCGAGUGCUCGACGCCGCCCUUCAGGCUAAACGUCCACGCUCCCGAGUUCGUGCCGAGGUCGCCGGCCGCCAGCCCGAUGGCCGCGGCCGCCGCCGGCUACUACUCGCCGUUCUUGCAGCUGCCGGGCAGCAGCAUUGGGCUCGGCGCGGACUGGAGCAUCUUCGCCGACCCAGAUCCGACCUUCUUCCUGCCGGACUUUGGACACGCCAAGAUCGGCGGCGGCAAUGGGCAGCCCAAGGGGGCAAGUCCGGCCGACAUUGCACAGAAGAUCAUCAAGCAGGUCGAGUACCAAUUCAGUGACACGAAUUUGGUCGCAAACGAUUUCUUGAUGAAGAUCAUGAACAAGGAUCCUGAGUGCUAUGUUCCUAUGUCUGUCAUUUCAUCCUGGAAGAAAAUCAAGGCUAUGGGGGUGACCAACCAACUGCUAGUGAAUGCUCUAAGAACAUCCUCAAAGCUCGUUGUGAGUGACGACGGUAAGAAGGUGCGACGAGCACAGCCAUUCACCGAGCGACACAAAGAAGAAUUGCAGUCUCGAAUGGUCAUCGCGGAGAAUUUGCCUGAGGAUUCAACCAGGAACAGCCUCGAGAAGAUCUUCGGCAUCAUAGGAAGCGUGAAGAACAUCAGGAUAUGCCACCCGCAAGAGCCUAGCUCCGCGAGAUCUUCCAAGUCUGACGCGCUAAUCAGUAACAAGUUGCACGCGCUUAUAGAGUAUGAGACCUCGCAGCAAGCUGAUCGGGCAGUUGAUAAGCUCAACGACGAGCGCAACUGGAGAAAGGGGCUCCGCGUUCGCCCGGUGCUACGUCGAUCGCCCAAAUCAGCGAUGCGAUUGAAGCGGCCGGACUUCGACCACCUCAUGAUCUCCGACGACGAUCACUCGCCGCAAUCCCAGGCGUCGUCGGAUUCGCCAAUGGCGGACCACUUGCCUGACCAUCACCAGGAAGAUCAGCACGGUAAGAAGUCGUGGGGGAGAGGGCGGGGAAGCAGGCCGCACGCUGCCGCCGGCGGGGCGCCGCAAGCCGCCGCCGCCGCGGCCGGGCAUUUGGACUCCCUGAUGAUGAUGAGCCCCCGCCACGCGCCGCAGGGGCCGAGGAUGCCCGACGGAACGCGAGGGUUCACCAUGGGGCGCGGGAGGCCGUCGCCGGCUGCCGUCCUCCGGAGCUCGCCGGCCCGCGCAGUCGCCGCUCCUGCUCCGGCGGCUGUGAUGAUCUAAUGGUGGUGGUGUUUUUAGCGCGCUUGUUCGUUAGCAAGUGGUUGAGUUAUUUCUGCAAUUUUUCAGGUCCGGAAUAAAUUUUGAAUUCGGAAUUAGUAAAUACCAAGUUGUAAUAUCGACCUUUUGGAUUGGGUCUAGUAGUAAUUAUUUUCUCACUAUGUAACAAUUUUAAAUUUUAAUAUAACUAAAAAGAAAACUCGCGCAGAUACGCGAGCAUUUUAUUUA